UAUAUGUGUGUCCACUUCAGGCCAAAAUAUAGUUGAAAAAAGGGAGUAAAAGAGAAGAUGGAGUCAAUGAAGUUAAGGGCAUUUGUUAUAGCCAUAGUGUUUUUGGGAUUGUUUGUAGGGCAAUCUAGUGCAUCAUUCAGUGAUUGCUAUACUAGAUGCUUCAUCUUCUGUAUGAUUGACCCUUCUCAAACUGUAUGCAAAUGCACUACCAAAUGCUUGAAACAAUGCAUCUUCAAUUCAGAUUCUGGUAAUUCUGUUUCUACCAAUAGUAUUCAACAUAAAGCAGACAGUAGCAACCUUAACUUCUGCAAAUUGGGUUGUGCCUUUUCUACCUGCUCCACUCUCAGCAAAAAACAUCAACCUAAUGGUGAAAAGAUGGAUGAUUGUGUGGGAUCCUGUUCAAGAAACUGCACUAAGAGCUACUCGUCACCAUAGAAAUGGCAAACUGGUGGCAUCACUACUGAGGACUGUAUUUCAUUUUGUGGGAUUUAAUUAUCCUCUUUUUAUCUUUUUGAUUUUUCUUGUUUUUCCUCACUCUCCUUUUCACAGUUAAGUAUGCAAAAUCAAUCUGCAAAAGAAUGUGUUUUUUUUAAUAUUUUGUAGUCUAAGUUGGCCAUCUUUUUACUGAUCUUGUAAUUAACUGCUUCCCUGAAAAACAAGGGAUUUGUACCGAAGAAUUACAAUAUUCUCCACUGAUGAUUUGUCUGCAUUUCUUAAGUUGAGUGAAUGCAGUUUGCUUUUGUUGGUUUGUGACGACAAUUUAUCACAUGUAAUCAAUUAUUA